AUGCUACCUAUAGUAAGGUCAAAACGACGUGAAGCACGAUGCAAAUGCGUAAGCGGCAGCGCUCGAAGCAGCGCGGAGGGGACAACGCUUAGAAUCGAGUCGGCGGGUCAAGACAGUCCGAAGCUCUGUGGUUACCUAAGUGGCUGCGUUCGAAGCAGCUUCGUGGAACUAUCGAUCACCUUCAAGGAAAAAAUUAUGAUCCUAUUACUAACACUUUUUGCUUAUGUGAAUCCCCUACAAAUUCUUCAACUAGCAGAUUUUCAUCUUGACGUUGAUUAUUCUAUAAAUGGUGAUAAUAAGAAGAUGUGCCAUUAUGAAGGAUCUACCGGCGAUGGAAAAUUGGGUGAAUACGGUGACUAUAUGUGCGAUGCACCACAGUCCCUCGUGAUGUACGCUUUAAAAGAGGCAAAACGGCUUUUCCCAAAUCCCGAUCUCAUCAUUUGGACAGGAGAUAAUAUCCCUCAUAUUGACAAUUAUGAUUGGGACUAUGUAAACAAUGUCCUCAAUAUUACAACAGAAGCCCUCUUCUCUGAAUUUCCAAAUGUCACAAUCCUUCCCACCUUCGGUAACCACGACUAUUCGCCGGCUAAUGCUUUCGAUAAAAGCAGUGUAUUGUAUGAGAAAGGUUGGGAGCUAUGGGAGAAACAGAUCAAUGCCACUGAAAAGGAUCGAUUUCUCCUUGGAGGCUACUAUAAACAUCAUCUAGGCAAUACCUCUAUUCUUAUGCUUAACACAAACUUGUACUACAAACCAAACAAAGCAUACGAUAACUUCACGAACAAAGAAGAUCCUGCAGAUCAGUUUGCUUUCAUGGAAACCGAAUUGAAGGCGGCCUCAAAAUGUCGCAAAAAUCCAUCGCCUAAAUGUAGUUCCACCGUUCACAUCGUCGCUCAUAUUGCUCCCGGAGUUUUUGAACGAACUCCUAAUUUCACAUGGUUUCGUGACCCGUAUAAUGAAAAAUUCCUCAAACUUGUGGUGGACUACUCGGAUGUGAUCGGAAUGAUGAUUUUCGGUCAUCAUCAUACUGAUACUUUUCAUCUCGUUAAGGAUGAUUCUGGUAAAGCAGUGGGCUUUCUUCUUAUGUCUCCCGCCGUCACACCGUGGUUCUCAUCACUAGAAGGUGCUGGAGCGAAUAAUCCAGCUUUCAGAGUAUAUGAUGUGGACUAUAAUGGGACCUUCAACGAUAUUUUCACUUACUACAUUAACCUCACUGAACUGAACAAUAAUCGAACUACACCGUUCACUCUGGAGUACUCAUUUAAGAAGGAGUACGGUAUCGCAGGACCUAUUGACUUGAACGCAAUGGUUACGUUGGUGGAACAGAUGAAGACUAACAAUACCGUAUUUCAAAAAUAUAUAAAUUUUAAUUCUGUACUCUGGGAUCCGAAGAUGCCCGUGGAUAGCUAUAGGGCCGGCCAACUUUGUUCACUGGAAUUUGCCGAUUAUCCUCGUUAUUACUCUUGUCUUAACCAGGAGAACUCGUCCAGGCUACGUGAUGGAUUUUAUGCGAUAGCAAUCGCUCUGCUAACAUCACUAUAUUUGGAAUUUUUGCUAUGA